GUGAAUUCUAGUGAUCUUCAUCAGUAACUUGCAAUUAUUACUUUGAUUUAAAGUUGAAAAAUGAGCAGAUGUGUUGAGAAAUCAAGUGAUUCGGAUACCGAAUUCGAAAAAGAUUGUGUGAUGCCAGUCAGAUCGUCAAACCCUAUUCGCGCCAGAAGUCUAAUUCGCAACAACUUGGAGAAGUCGAGCAACAACAGCCAGCAGCAGCAGCUACUGCAAUCUAGAAUGCCUAAUAUCAAGGUCUUCUCCGGUUCAUCACAUCCGGAUCUGGCAUCGCGUAUUGUAGACCGUCUAGGAAUCGACCUUGGAAAGGUGGUUACGAAAAAGUUCAGUAAUUUGGAAACAUGUGUUGAAAUCGGUGAAUCCGUACGAGGUGAAGAUGUUUAUAUUGUGCAGUCCGGGUCCGGCGAGAUCAACGACAACCUAAUGGAACUAUUGAUCAUGAUUAAUGCGUGUAAGAUUGCAUCCGCAUCGCGCGUGACCGCCGUUAUACCGUGUUUCCCGUAUGCUCGGCAGGACAAAAAGGAUAAGACAGGCGAUGAUAAGCUGGCCAUGUUGAUGAAGACCAAUGAAUGGAAGUUUCGGAGUCGUGCUCCGAUAUCUGCGAAACUGGUAGCCAACAUGCUAUCGGUAGCGGGUGCAGAUCAUAUCAUUACUAUGGAUCUCCAUGCGUCACAGAUUCAGGGAUUUUUCGACAUCCCAGUUGAUAAUCUGUAUGCCGAGCCGGCGGUACUGAAGUGGAUUCGGGAGAACAUUGCGGAGUGGAGAAACUCGAUUAUCGUCUCUCCGGAUGCCGGUGGUGCUAAGCGAGUUACGUCAAUCGCCGAUCGGUUGAACGUGGAAUUUGCGCUGAUCCACAAGGAAAGAAAGAAGGCAAACGAGGUCGCUUCGAUGGUUCUAGUCGGAGAUGUGAAAGACCGGGUGGCAAUCCUGGUGGACGACAUGGCCGAUACAUGUGGAACCAUUUGCCAUGCCGCUGAUAAACUGGUGGAAGCCGGUGCGACCAAGGUCUAUGCCAUUCUGACCCACGGUAUAUUCAGUGGGCCAGCGAUCUCGCGAAUAAAUAAUGCUUGUUUCGAGGCUGUUGUUGUUACAAAUACCAUACCUCAGGACGGACACAUGAAAGAUUGCCCCAAGAUUCAGUGUAUUGACGUGUCUAUGAUGUUUGCCGAGGCCGUUCGUCGAACCCACAACGGAGAAAGUGUAUCUUAUCUGUUUUCGAAUGUUCCUUACUAGAAGAGUCUACAAUGCUGAACGAACAAAGGGUGGACAAAGGCAAGCAGCCAGUACUACGGAGAAGUUUUUUUGUAUUUUUUGCCAUAUUUCUUUAUUUUGGAAUCACAUAUGUUUGUAUAAAAUGCAAUUUUUAUUCUAAAAAAGACUUCAAGCAUCUCAGCAUUCUACUCAAAUUUAGCUCACAAUAACGAAAAUUUUAUUUCGACAGAAUAUCAUAUGUUUGCAAAUUUAUUGAAAUUAGUUGUGAAACGAAUUCUACGCAAAAGGUAUAUAUCGAAUGGUGUAAUCAAAACACAUGCAAUUCCCUCAUGUAUCAUUUCCUUCCUAAAAGGUAGGCAACUAAAAUAUUUAGUUUCAAUGCUAGAAAUUAGUUUACACGUAUUCUGGGUGUUUUGAUAGAUCCACAAAUUACACCUACUCCACAAAUUUAAAAUAAAUAAAUAUAUACCCGAUCCUCAACAAACCAGAGUUGAAUUAGAGCCAGACUUUUAGCAGUAACGUUUAGUUUUAGUUGAUUGUUUCAAGUGUUUGUAAGACAGACCAUACGCACCCACGCAUAAAAUUAUAAAUUCAAAUGAAAUUAUUCGUAAGGUACCACAAAAUAUAUUUUUACGCUAUUUGAUAUGAAGUUGAAAAGAUAUAGAAAAUAUAGUAUUACACUAGUAA